UCAAUCUCCUCUUAUCCAUCUCCAAUCUUGGCAGUCAAAGAGGGCGAUCGUUUUCUUUUUUUUUUUUCUUGGUUUUAUAUCGCUCGAAUAAUUCUUGAUCCUUCUCUGGAUCUCUGAGCAAUCAAAGAUCCUAUCUGCUCCAUGCCCUAAUUAGUUUUCGAGGCCCUUCUCCUUGCAGUUUGAUGAUCUGCACCUGUUCAACUCGAAAGUAAUCAGAUCGCAAGCGUUGGUGCAAGAAUGAUUGCACCAGGCACUACUUCGAGAUUUCUUGGUUCUUUAGAAAGAUCGCUCAUCUUCUUGAACAACAUUAUCCAUAGGUCAGCUCCGCGGUGAAAUUGGUAGUCUGAAUCAAAAUGCCUCCCGGAGAAGGUACUGCGAGCCUUGACGUCGACAUGGCUAAAAAGCGAUCAGAAGUAAUAGAGUGGCUCAACGGUCUGUUCCCAGACUUUAGCAUGGCUCCAGAUGCAUCGGAGGAAGAAUUGAGAGCAAAGCUGUUCGAUGGUGCUGUGUUUUGUGCUAUUUUGAGGAGACUGGGUCCCCGUCACAUGGAGGAGACAAAGAGUGGUGGUUGUUCUCCCUCAGGAACACGCUUGGAAAAUAUAAAGAAGUUUAUAUCAGUUGUAGAGCGUAUGGGUUUGCUCAGUUUCAAAGUGUCAGACCUAGAAAAGGGACCCAUCUCUGCAGCAGUAGAGUGCCUUUGGUCCCUUAGGGAUCGCUUUAACUCUGAUCUUGGUGAAGAUAGGGGUACAAAUUUGCCAGCUAAAUGGGUAAUCGAAGCAAAGAAGAAGUUGGAGGCCAUGGAUGUUUUACGAGGAGAAAACACUCUAAGUGGACAACAGUCUCCAGUUUUAGGAGAGGAAACGAGACCGAGCCUAACAGAAGCCAAACUUCAGCAUGUUCUAAGCAGUCCUGUUAUGUCAGAGCCAAUAUCUGCUCUCUCUCAUCAUGCUGGACACAAGUUUCAUGAAGUUUUCCAGUUAAAACAGGGGCGCUAUUCUGAUCUUCCUCCAGCUAAGAUUUCAGAAAUGAUGAAAUCAAACAGUUUAGAUAAUGCCCCCACCCAGUCACUUUUAAGUGUUGUGAACGGGAUUCUUGAUGAAAGCAUUGAGAGAAAGAAUGGGGAAAUACCUCAUCGUGUAGCAUGCUUGUUGAGAAAAGUGGUGCAAGAGAUUGAACGGCGUAUUUCAACUCAGGCAGAGCAUAUUCGAAAUCAAAAUAAUCUUAUCAAAGCACGCGAAGAUAAGUAUCAAUCAAGAAUCAAAGUGCUUGAGGCACUAGCAACUGGGACAAGUGAAGGAACCCAGAUAGCGAUGAAUCGGCAGAUAAAGAUGGAGAAAAACAAAAUUGAAGAAAGAAACAAAGUUGGGGAUGACGAUGUUGUUAGGUUGAUGAAGGAGAAGGAGAAUAGUGAUAAUAUGGUUUCAAAACUUAAGGAGGACUUGGAAACAACAAAAAAGUCGUAUGACCAACAGUGUCUGCGAUUGGAAACUAAGGCUAAGGAAACUAAAGAAGAAUUAGAGCAGAGAAUAAAGGCGGUUGAAUUCCUUUUAGCAGAGUCAAGAAAGAAGACAAAAGAACUUGAGACAUUUUCAGAAUCAAAAUCUCAAAAUUGGAAGCAGAAGGCUAAUGUCGUCCACAAUAUCAUGGAUUUACAGCUACAGUCAGUGCAGGACUUGAGGAUGUCUUCUACUUCCAUUAAGAACACAGUCAUAAACACCCAAAAGAGGUGGUCUGAAGAAUUUACUACUUUUGCUCAGAAGCUGAAAGUAAUAACAGAUGCUAUCAAAAACUAUCAUACAGUUCUUUCAGAAAACAGGAAAUUGUACAACGAGGUUCAGGAAUUAAAAGGCAACAUCAGAGUUUAUUGUCGGAUAAGACCAUUUCUUACCGGAGAGAACCAAAAGUCGACUACCAUAGAUUAUAUUGGCGAGGAUGGUGAACUUGUACUUGUAAACCCCUCCAAACAGGGAAAAGAUGGACGAAAGAUGUUCAAAUUUAACAAGGUUUAUGAUCCAGCUGCUACUCAAGAGGAAGUCUUCUUGGAUACCCAGCCUUUAGUACGAUCAGUUCUUGAUGGCUACAAUGUAUGCAUCUUUGCAUAUGGUCAAACUGGAUCAGGAAAAACCUACACAAUGACUGGGCCUAACUCACCGACUGAGAAGGAGUGGGGUGUAAAUUAUCGAGCUCUGAAUGACCUUUUUCACAUUUCUCGGUCUAGGAGAGACACUUUUAUGUAUGAUGUAGGUGUUCAGAUGGUUGAAGUAUAUAAUGAGCAAGUCCGCGAUCUCCUCAGCAGUGAUGGUUCCCAAAAGAGACUUGGGAUUGUAACUACUUCCCAGCCCAAUGGCCUUGCAGUCCCCGAGGCAAGUAUGUAUCCUGUUCAAUCAACCUCAGAUGUGAUGGAUUUAAUGCAAACAGGAUUAGCAAACAGGGCUAUGAGUGCCACUGCUCUCAAUGAAAGAAGCAGUCGGUCACACAGUAUUGUGACCGUUCAUGUUCAAGGAGUGGAUUUAAAGAAUGGAGCUACUUUGCAUGGUUCCCUUCAUCUGGUAGAUCUUGCUGGAAGUGAGAGAGUUGAUCGUUCUGAAGUUACUGGGGACAGGCUCAAGGAAACGCAGCAUAUCAACAAAUCUUUGUCUGCUCUUGGGGAUGUCAUAUUUGCUCUAUCACAGAAAAGCGCUCAUGUACCAUAUAGAAACAGCAAGCUUACUCAAGUCCUGCAAAGCUCUUUAGGCGGACAUGCAAAGACUCUAAUGUUUGUACAGAUAAAUCCUGAUGCGGGUUCGUAUUCGGAGACUUUAAGUACCUUGAAGUUUGCUGAAAGAGUCUCAGGAGUGGAGUUAGGAGCCGCACGGAGCCAGAAAGAUGGCAAGGAUGUCCGUGAUUUGAUGGAACAGGUGGCAUCUCUUAAAGAUACAAUAGCAAGGAAAGAUGGAGAAAUUGAACAGUUGCAAUUACUCAAAGAUAUUAAGAAUCAGUCUCCUAGGGUAAAUAGUGAAAGACAAGGUGGCGAUACAUUAAAGCAUUCAUCCUCUUCUCCUAGCAUUUCAUCACGAAGUGGGGCUGUGCAACAGGGCCGGAGAUUGUCAGGUGGGAAAGUAGUGAUUUCUAAUAAUAAGGCGGUUUCAGAUCCUGAAAAUUACUCAGAGCACAGUGAUAAGCAGUCUGAAUCUGGUUCACAUCAGUCCAUAGAUGAUUUGAAGUACCAAAAGGAGAUUUCAGGCCAACAAAAGCUCGCUGAAAGUGACAUAGGUCAGAGUUCUGCAGAUCUUGAACUUUUGGGCUUUGGUGAUGCCGUUUCAGAGGAACGACUAAGUGACAUAUCCGAUGGUGGUACAGAAACUGAUGGUUCAAGCAGUGUCGUUGAGUUCGCCCUCUUCCCUGAACAAGGCAAACCAGCAGAGGUCACAAAAGAGAAAAUGCCAAAAGUUCCAACUCGAAUACCAAAACCACCUCCACAAAAGAUUGGGCAAACAACAUCAACACAGCUAAAACUAAAAGAGACUUCAAAAUCAACAAGUUUAAGAAAAAGCACAGGCAGCCAAGUGACAGCAUCCUCAGCCAAGCCUGCAAAACAUUGGCAGUAGUUCAAGUUUUUCUGCAAUUGCCCUUUUUUCUAUACUAAUAUAAUUUUUUAAGGGAUUUCAACAGCCUUAAAGCAUGUUUCUCUAACAACCAUGAUGUUUGUAGCUUGCUUUCUGAUUCCACAGUGCCAAGUGAUGUCCUGCAUUCUUCGAAGUGUGUAGUUUAUGUAACUCACAAUUCAUUAUAAGUUGAUCAUCAUCUAGAUGAUCUUCUGUUUUUUAAAAUCAAGAUAUUGGCAUGUCAAUGUUAGCAUGAAAUGGUUUCAUUGUGACCUUGUCGAUUCAAGGCCAACCCCAAUUAUUCUUUGGGUUAGAGUUUGUACCUCCAGUACAUCAUCAGUUCAUGCAAAACAGAUGAAAUGUUGUAAGUUGUCUUAGAAAAUUACUUUGGUCAGGGAUGUGUUUAUGGGAUGCUUAUUGAUGAUAAGGACAUGGAUAUUGCCAAAAGAAAUUUGAUAAAAAUCAUGAAAAUUGACCCUGGUGGCCUACGGCAUGACACAAUCAUCUCUUGAUUGAAAAGCCGAGGGAUGAAUAUGCUGGUUUGCGAUAUUUCGAAACUUCCAUGUCUACAAGUUAGGUGGGGGAAGAAGAAAAAGUUGAAAAAUGAACAGUGUGGUUGACUUUCUCAGACUGCGACGUGUUGGUUAAUAUGAGAUCCAAAUCCAGAUUUUGUGCUGGACCAGGGACUCAUGUUACAACUAUCACCUUUGGUUUUGCUCACAAACUCUACUCUGGUGGUGAAGCCAAAACUAUCAAACUAGAUUCAUGACUGGCUUAACAAGUAUGCUUUACCUGAAAGGUGAAAGAUAAAUUGGAGAAAGAAGAUUGUGGUGCAGAUGGCUUUGUUGGUAGCUUCUCAAAUCGUACUGGUUUCUGUUUAUGCUGUUAUUAUUAUUAUUGUUAUUUAGAUAUUGUAGGGAGUUGUUAUAUUUGAUUAGUUCAACUCACAUUUCAUGGCAGAAAUUUGAUAAAAGACAUUGGCUGUUUCUUUUUGAGCAAUGGUUAUGGUUAUGAUACAUUUUAAAACCUGGUCAAUUUAUAGUCUUUCUACAGAUUUUACUCGUUAUCUUGCAGGAGAUAAUUCAUCUGAUGCACGAUCUAGGCAGUAUGGACGCAAUAUAUAACUGCUUAUCGUGGUAGUUUAUGUAGGGAAUUAUAGAAUGAAAGGAUGGUGUUUUCAGAAAGAUUGCAAAGUGCAGCUACUUUUGCUGUAUUGUUCUUCACUCAAAAACACUUCUUCUGUAUCGUUCAAAAACAUCUUGGUUUUCCACCAGCAUUUUCACAAAGCAUAGAGACCCAAAUAUUUGGACCAUGUCUAAGCACUGGUUCAAAACCUGAGUUUCCAAGAGGUUUUGGUUCUUGAAUCACCUGAAAACUCUAUGGUCAAUUCCGAGGCUGAUUUCAGCUGAAUGCUUGCGAUCCUGGUUUUGAUGAUGCUCUGUUUACGUUGAUGAAAGUCCAUUGUUUUGGGAGUGUUGUUUCAAUGCCUUGCAUAGCUGGGUCUUUCUUUGAUGUUAUUAUUUGUUUAGGUUCGGGAUUGCGACUGUAUUUUGUAGUUCUCUUGAUGUUUUGAACCUCUCUGGAUGUCAUUUAAAUUUCUAAACGAAACAGAGUUGAGUAUUUUUAUUUAUUUUUUGAUUUCUAAAAAUAACCGUGGGGCACCAGCAAUCAAUUGAAAGAAAUGACAUGAGAAUUAUCGCUGUCGAAUGCUUGGUAAAGCACAUUCAAGACACAAAUCUGCAACAAGCUCGGAAUGGAGGAUGGGUGCAACUCUGAUCGCGGUGCGAAACAAGUUUUAUACACCAAGUUUUAUACACCGAAGAUUCCGGCAUGUUCAACAAAUUUCCAUUUGUCCAUAGAGAAUCUCUCACUACCAUUCCUCUCUUCUCCGAAAGAGAUGAUAUUGUUGUUAGUUCAGCGAAGGGCUGGGGUUGGUUGGGCCAUCAAGAGAACUCUGCUGCUAAUUGGAAGUUUAUGUCUAGUCCCGAACAACUCCUAGUGGGAAUUCAGAAAACUAUCGCUCUAAUUUCAGUAAUCCAGUAACCCACAUGAAAAAACUUGCCUACAAAUGCUAGCUGUAUCUAAAUUGCACGGUUGAAGCAGCUCAUACAUGGUUGCAUAUAAAGACUAGCAGCAUCGCAGGGGGAGACGUUACAGUGAGCUGGUCGUUGCUCAUUCAAAAUACCGCCGUUCUACCACCUUACUACCUCGAGGCAUCCCAAAAAGUUCUCUGGGCUCAUGGAAAAUGAAGUUUAUGCAUAGAUAAGAUUAGGAAGUGGGAUAAAAGACCCUAUAAAUUCCACAGUAUCGAGUCCUGUGGAUGACGGAUCCACCCAUUACAAACACUUAGAAAGCCUUUUCUGAUUAAUGGCUUGUGGAGUUACAUAUUACGGUAUGUAAAGGGUCACAACUAAGGACUCAAUAUUGUUUCUCACUUGACACCCAGUAGCAAGCAGCACUGCAAUCUGCUGUCAGGGAAUCUCAAAGCCUUGCAUGCGCAGACCAUCUCACGCUAGAGGAAGCCGUCGCCAAUAUCUUCAAGCGUGCCUUGUUAUGGAGUUGGAGAGGUAAGCUAACUCUAGCUGGAAGUGGUGGAAGGUGGUGAUCAACAGGGUCUGAAGCUCGAGGAGGAAUUGAGGGAGAUUCCUGAUUGGAGGGACGCAGAGAGUGAAGGGGCAGAGCAGGAAUCCCAUGGCAAACAUCACUGGAAACAUUGUAGCCUGCUCUUCCCACAGUCUGCCCCACGGCCUCCGUCGUUCUCCUCUGGGCUGGUAGUCUUUCCUGGCGCCUUUGAGAAUCCCCUGGUGAACCGUGGAAUUAGGUUUCAGCGAUGAGCGGGGACGAGUGUUAGUUAUGUUUUGCUGAGUGAUGACUGGCGGGUGCCAGCUGCCGUUCCUCGCACCUAAAAUGGAAGGUGUACAGCCAUGGUUUAACCGUCCAACGCCUAAAAUGUGGCCCAAGACACUCAGCGGGUCCGCUUUUAGCCAGCAAAAAAAUAAAAAAUUAAAAAAUUAAAAAAAAAAAAAAUGGUAGGAGAUGUAUUUUGAUGUCAAAAACUAUUUUGAGAUAGAGCAGCGGUUUGAAUUGCUUCAUUUGUAGCAAAUCAUUCUGAGAAGUUAAUUAACUGAUAAAAAGGAGCUGCCUAAAGCCGCUGUUAUUUUCUGAUUUUUUUGAAUGUAUUUGUACUAAAUCUAUCCGGGCAUCCAUUGUGGCCAAAAAAAAAAAAAAAAA